GCCGCUCGCACUCCUCCUGACCGCGCACAGCGGCCGCGCCGAGGCCUCAUCGCUCGCCACCGUUUCCGCGCCGCGUGUGCAGCAGUAGCAGCAGCAGCAGCAGAAGCCCCUGCAGGGUUUGCCCGCCGUGCCCCCGACCGCAUCGCCAGUGCUGUGCUGAGCGCGGUGUCGACCACGCUUCGUGGCCCGGCGAAGAUUCCAAAUCACCGCUCUCUCUCGCCGCUUUCUCUCUCUCUCUCACUGCUCGGCAGCGCCGGACCGCUCGCGCUGUGUCUGCCCUCUGUUUUCCAUCACGACUAAACCCCGCUCUCAGCUCUCUCUCUCUCUCUCGCUCUUUAAUUUAUCCGCCUCUCUCAUUCUCACUCUCUCGCUCGCUCUCUCCGCCAACUCUGCCCGCUCACGCUUGCCCGCGCGCGCUCUCUCUCUCGGUCUAUUUGUCACACGCGCGCACGCACGCACAGCCCUCGUUAUCUCCGUGUCUCGGGCUCUGCCUGCGAUUUGGCUCACGGACCCGCGGGGAACUCGGCUCAAUCUCAUCGCGGCGAGCGAAUCGGCGGGCCCAUGCCCCGUGAGUAAGGGGCGCCUGCGCGGUGGGACAUGGAAGACGAAAGCGCCAAGGGGCAGGGACAACAGCAACAUCACCAGCAGCAGCAACAUCAGCAUCAGCAACAUCAUCAUCAUCAUCAGCAGCAGGGUCGGUCGAGCACUGCAGCGAAAGCAAGGCGAGAAGAGGCGGGAUCCUCACCCGACCUGCCGCCUUCUGGCCAGGACUGCGCCAAGGACGGGUCUUCGGAUCCCACCGGUCCCGACUACUGCCGCAGGAUCCUUGUGCGAGACGCCAAGGGCGCCAUCCGCGAGCUCGUGCUGCCCAAGGGGUUGGACCUGGAGCGGCCCAAGAGGACCCGCACAUCGUUCACGGCCGAGCAGCUCUACCGACUCGAGUGCGAGUUCCAGCGCUGCCAAUACCUGGUGGGCCGGGAGCGCACGGAGCUCGCGCGCCAGCUCAACCUGUCCGAGACUCAGGUGAAAGUGUGGUUCCAGAAUCGGCGCACGAAGCACAAGAAAGACCAGACCAAGGACAGCGCCGAGGGCCGCUCUCCCAGCUCGGAGUCCGCGGCCACGUGCAGCGUGCUGCGUCUCUUAGAGCAGGGCCGUCUGCUGCAGCCCACGGGACCCCCAUCUGCGCACGGGACUGGACACGGCCCACGGCCAGGCCCGCCGGCCUUCCUCACCGCCCCGGGUUGCCCCGGCCUUCCCGGAGGGCCCGUGUUCCCUCUGUCCAUGCCGUCGCUGCCCAUCCACGUGGGCCUUCCGCUCGAGUUGGCUGUGCGGCCCCUCCACGGGACGUCGGCUUUCGAGCCGUACUCGCGCAACGGCAAGAGCGACGCGAGCGUCAAUCACAAGAAGGGGCAUUCCUAACCGGGCGUUACCGUUGUACACUUCUCGACCCGUGUGUCUCCCGUCCCGAACGACUAACUUCCCUGUCUCGCCCCUCACAAGGAAGGGACGGCACUAGCAACGGUGCGAGCGAGGGCUGCGUGAGGCUGGCCGUCGAACGAUGGGCCCGGAGCGCAACGCACACACGCACGCACGCACCCAAGGCUCGUUUUUAUUUUGGCGGACAGUUUAAUGUUGUAUCCCGUACAUUGUUAUAGCCAAUAAUCGGAAACAUUAAUCGAUGUUGUAUAUUGGUGUUGUCUCGCUUAGGGGU